GCUGUUCCUGGAGGAGGAAAGAUGUGGCCGCGGAGCUCCCCGCUGCUCCCCUCACUGCUGCUGCUGCUGCUGCUGCUCCUCAGGCUCUGCUGCGGCUCAAGUUUCCCGAGUAACAUCAACAUUGGAGGCCUUUUCCCCAGCGGCUCCCACGAAUACGAGGUUUUCCGUUUCGCACUGUCCCAGCAGCAGGACAUUCCCAAACUGGUGCCGCAGGUGGACGUGGUGGAGAUCAACAGCAGCUUCUCCAUGACCUACGCCUUCUGCUCUCAGUUUUCCAAAGGUGUCUACGCCAUCCUGGGCCUGUACGACCGUCGGACCGUCAACAUGCUGAUGUCGUUCUGCGGAUCGCUGCACGUCUGCUUCGUCACGCCAUCGUUUCCUGUUCACACCAACAACCAGUUCCUGCUGCAGCUGCGUCCUCAGCUGCAGGAGCCGCUGAUGGCUCUGCUGGAACAUUUCUACUGGACCAAGUUCGUCUACAUGUACAGCGCUGACUCAGGUCUGACCGUCCUACAGAGGAUCCUGGACACGGCGGCAGAGAAGACGUGGCAGGUGACCACCAUCAACCUGGACGUCCUGACGGAGACGGCCUUCGUCAAACUGCUCAACGACCUGGACUACAAGAGGGAGUUCCAGAUGGUCCUGGACUGUGAGCUGGAGAGACUCAACUCCAUCCUGCUACAGAUCGCUGCUCAGAGGAGGAACCUGAAGAACUACCACUACAUCCUUCUCCCUCAGGGUUUCACAGACCUGAACAUGACGGAGUUCCAGAAACUGGGUCCAAACGUGACGGGGUUCCAGAUGGUGGACUGGUCUGAUCCGGGCCUGGAGAAGCUGAACCAGGACUGGCUGGACUUUGACAACAAAGACCUGAAGCUGAGCCGGAGGAGACUCAGGUACACCGGAGCGCUGACCUACGACGGGGUCGUCGCCAUGGCAACGGCCUUCCAGAGCCUGCGGUGGCAGAGGAUCGACAUUUCUCGACGUGGAAACGCCGGAGAGUGUCUGGCCAACCCUCCUGCCCCCUGGGGGCAGGGCAUCGACAUCCAGAGGGCGCUACAACAGGUGCGUUUCCAGGGACUGACAGGAAACGUUCAGUUUGACGACAGAGGGCAUCGAACCAACUUCACUCUGACUGUGAUGGAGCUCACGCACAGUGGACCGAGGAAGAUCGGCUACUGGAACGAAAGACGAGAGUUCGUGAAGACGGCGGUCUACAAACCCAAGGUGGAGGAGUACGUCUACGGUCUGCAGAACAAGACCUACGUCAUCACCACCAUCCUGGAGGCGCCGUACAUGAUGCUGAAGAAGAACCACGAACAGUUUGUUGGAAACGACCGAUACGAAGGUUACUGCGCCGAACUAGCCGCGGAGAUCGCCAAACACUUGGGCCUGUCGUAUCGUCUGGAGCUGGUGAGCGACGGCAAAUACGGUUCCAGGGACCUGGAGUCCAAGAUGUGGAACGGCAUGGUGGGAGAGCUGGUGUACGGGAAGGCAGACAUGGCGGUGGCUCCUCUCACCAUCACCCUGGUUCGUGAGAAGGUGAUCGACUUCACCAAACCCUUCAUGUCUCUGGGCAUCUCCAUCAUGAUCAAGAAACCCACCAAGUCCAAGCCCGGCGUCUUCUCCUUCCUGGACCCUCUGGCCUACGAGAUCUGGAUGUGCAUCGUUUUCGCCUACAUCGGAGUCAGCGUUGUGCUGUUCCAGGUGAGUCGAUUCAGUCCGUACGAAUAUGAGGGGGAGGAGUCUGAUGAUGAAGAUGAAAGCCCGUCCUCCUCUGAUUUUAGGCAGGCACUGCCAACGUCAGCGUCUGAUCCUCCUCAGUCUCCAGGGUUCUACCAGAACCAGAACCAGAACCAGAACCAGCAGAAGGAGAAAGACGCCCCGGAACACACUAACGAUUUUAGCAUCUUUAACUCUCUGUGGUUUUCUCUCGGGGCUUUCAUGCAGCAGGGCUGUGACAUUUCCCCCAGGUCACUUUCCGGUCGCAUUGUGGGAGGAGUUUGGUGGUUCUUCACGCUGAUCAUCAUCUCAUCCUACACGGCCAAUCUGGCGGCCUUUCUGACCGUGGAGAGGAUGGUGUCUCCGAUAGAGGGAGCAGAAGAUCUGGCCAAGCAGACGGAGAUCUCCUACGGAACUCUGGAGGGCGGCUCCACAAAAGAGUUCUUCAGCAGGUCAAAGAUCGCAGUGUUUGAAAAAAUGUGGUCGUACAUGCGCAGCACCGACCCGUCUGUGUUUGUCAGGAACACAGACGAGGGCGUGGCCCGCGUCAGGAAGUCUAAAGGGAAGUACGCCUACCUGCUGGAGUCCACCAUGAACGAGUACAUCGAGCAGAGGAAGCCCUGCGACACCAUGAAGGUGGGCGGGAACCUGGACUCCAAGGGCUACGGAGUGGCCACGCCCAAAGGCUCGUCGCUCAGAAACCACGUUAACUUGGCCGUGUUAAAACUGAACGAGCAGGGACUGUUGGACAAAUUGAAAAACAGAUGGUGGUAUGACAAGGGCGAGUGCGGCCUCGGGGGAGGGGACGCCAAGGACAAGACGAGCGCGCUCAGUCUGAGCAACGUGGCUGGAGUCUUCUACAUUCUGAUUGGAGGACUGGGCCUGGCCAUGCUGGUGGCUCUGGUCGAGUUCUGCUACAAGUCACGCAUCGAGUCCAAGAGGAUGAAGGAGCUCAUCGACGCUGCCAUGAGGAGCACCAGUUUUGGGGCGUCGGGACUGGGAGGAGAAAACGGACGUGUGAUGUCACAUGACUUCCCUAAAUCUGGAGCCCAGGGUUUACCCUGCAUGAGCAAGACGGCCGGCCUGGGGCUGGGGUCCACGGGCAUGUGACCCUGCCCGACACUCCUGAUUGGACGGAGCACUCCCCUCUAAAUGUCUGUCUGUCAGUCUGUCUGUCUGUCUGUGUGGACAAAUAUCAAACUUUGGACAAAAAGGCCGAGACUGUGGACGAGACAGAAGAAGAACAGACCGCACCUGAACGCAUCGUGACAGAAACGCUGCUGUUCUACAAAGUCACUGAGUUCGGUUCUGUUUCCAUGAAAUAAAGUCACUAACGAUCUGGAGAAGUGGACGCUGGUCCAAUCCAGGGUUUUGGUUUAGGCCUCGCCCACAUUUAAAUGUGGGCCAAAUGAUUUAGCUUGUGUCGUUUGGGCCACAGCUCACAUACUGUAUCAGAUGUGGGCUGUUGCCUACAUUCCUCCCGCCCAUUAGGGUGUCUGUUGUGACCCACGUUUGUGACCCAGCAUUCAACUGUUUGAGAGCCACAAGUUGUAGGCCACGAAAAAUAUUAGGCAUGAUAAUUCGUGGGCCACAUCGGUUUUGCCACGAGGCCAAACUUCAGAUCCGGUUUGUUGUAGAUUGUAGCCCACACUGUAUCAGAAUGCUACUGUUUGUUAGCCAUGAACACUUAGCUUGUGCGGCGGCGGCCAUCUUUGAACCACACCCUGAAGCAGCGGACGUUCAUCAGGAGCUGCGACAUCCGACCCGGAUGUCCAGGGCUGAUGACCGACGGCAGAACUUUUUUAUACAAACAUCACAAAGUCACGUUUGUACGAUGAGUCCUUGACUGUUGACUGUUGGUUACCGUGGAAACCGUUCCUCUGUAAUGAAACCUCCGAUGUGAUGUGGACACGUCUUCUCUUCUGUCGUGCAUUUUAACGAUUUGAUUAUUAAAAAAAA